AUGUUAGAAUCCGAGAAACUAGAGUGGCUACGUAAAAAUCAACCAAAGCUUCGAGUGUCCAAGUACAACUCUUUAGAGAAAGAGGGCGAUCAAAGUCAAGCUCCAGGAAUAAGCAUAGGUAAACGAGUUGUUUUGCCUUCUUCCUUUGUUGGCGGCCGUAGGUUUAUGGAUCAAUUGUACUAUGAUGGGAUGGCUAUAUGCAGUAAAGUUGGAUUUCCCGAUUUGUUUAUUACUUUUACAUGUAACCCAAAUUGGCCGGAGAUUCAAAGAGUUCUCGGACCUCUACAUUUGAAGCCUCAAGAUCGCCCGGAUGUCAUUUCAAGAGUUUUCAAAAUCAAAUUCGAUCAACUCCUUUCAGAUUUAACCAAAAAAGGCGUUCUAGGAAAAGUGCUUGCUUAUAUGUACACCAUUGAGUUCCAAAAGAGAGGACUACCUCAUGCCCAUAUAUUGCUGUUUUUGCAUCCUUCAAACAAAUAUCCAACGCCCGAUGACAUUGACAAGAUCAUUAGUGCGGAAGUCCCCGAUCCCAGAAGACACCCUCGGUUAUACAAUUUGGUAAAAUCUCACAUGGUCCAUGGUCCUUGUGGUUUGAAAUUUCAGCCUACGACUAUAGUGGAUCACGAGGGCUAUCCGGUUUAUAGGAGAAGAAACAACGGACACACAAUUGAAAUGAACGGAAUCAUCUUUCAUAGUGGUCAUGUGGUGCCUCACAAUCCAAGUUUGCUAUUGAAAUACGAAGCCCACAUCAACAUGGAAUGGUGCAACCAAAGUACUUCCAUCAAAUACCUUUUCAAAUACAUUAACAAAGGGUCGGAUCGUAUUUCUGCAAUCAUACAAGCAUGUUGGAGGAUCUUUUCUUAUUCCAUACAUGGAAGGAAGCCGGCUGUAGAGAGACUGUUUUUUCUUAUGGAAGGUGAAAACUCCGUGUACUACAAAGACUACGAGCACGUUGGUGAUGUUUUACUCAAGCCAAGUGUAACCGAGUCAAUGUUUACUUCUUGGUUUGAGGCAAACAAAACUUACGAGGAAGCAAGAUUGCUAACUUAUGGUGACUUUGUUUCAAAAUUUGUUUAUCAUAAAAGAAGUCGGACUUGGAAGCCAAGGAAAAGAGGAUAUACCAUUGGUCGACUCAUUUGGGUUCCUCAAAGCACUGGCGAAUUGUUUUAUUUAAGAAUGAUGCUCACUGUCACAAAGGGUCCUUUAUGCUAUAAAGACAUUAAGAAAGUUGAUGGAAAACAACUUAAAACUUUUAGGGACGCAUGCUUUGCGAUGGGAUUUCUACAAGAUGAUCGAGAAUUUGUCGAGGCGAUCAAAGAGGCACAUCUUUGGGGUUCCGGUCCUUUUUUACGCAAGUUAUUUGUAACAAUGUUGUUAUCUUCUUCCAUGAACAGACCGGAACAUGUAUGGAGAAAGACUUGGAUGUAUUUAUCAGAUGGCAUUCUUUAUGAGCAACGCUUAUUCACAAGAAAUCAAGUAUUUACAAACUAUGGUCUAUAUGCUGGGAACUCAGAAUCCGUUUAA